AUGCGGCGUCAUGGCAGGGCUAGUGGAGGGACCAAGGCUGUCACACCUAUUUCCGACACGGUCUCGCUGAUCCAUUCAUUCGACUCAUUGACGAAUCCCAAUCGCCCCGUCCGCCCAUCGCCAUUGACAUCCUCCAAUAUCCAAGCUUUACCUUUAGACCUCGUCGACCGACUCCGCUCCUUCCCUCUGUUUCAGUCUACCCCCGAGUCAUUCCUGGUCGAUAUCGGACAGCAUUUACGCCCACAGCUGUGCGCCCCAAACGACUAUAUCUUGACAGAGGGCGAUGAGGCAAAGGCAAUAUACUGGCUGGUUCGAGGCGUCGUGUCUGUAACUUCCCGAGAUGGCGAGAGUAUAUAUGCGGAGCUUGAGCCAGGGGCCUUUUUUGGCGAGAUAGGUGUUCUGAUGGAUCGUCCCCGUACCGCAACCAUCAUUGCUCGCACCAGAUGCUUGCUGGUUGUAUUGACCAAAGAGGACUUCCGGAAUAUCCUCCCACGUUUUCCUGAAGUGGAACAAGCUAUUCGAGAUGAAGCCCAGGAAAGGCUGAUGAUUCUAGAGAAAAAGAAAAAGGAGACUUCAAGCCCUGCGACCGAUCUUAAUCUUACCAACGCACCCCGAAGAGGCUCAAAACGGUUGAGGGAGACUUUCUCCCGAGACCUCUCUAUCACUGAACAGGAUGGCACAAGCCUAAGGUUCGCCAGCAAGAAGCGCAAAUCCCCAAGUCCUGGACUGGCUGAUGGAACUUCAAGUGCCUUGGCUAAUGGCCUGGUGAACGUCCGACUUCUACUUAAGGAGUUACCCCUGUUCGCUGGUCUCCCACCUGAUAUCCUUCACUUCCUAGGCCUCAAUUCGCAACCGCGGUCAUUCCCACCCUUUACCGAUAUUAUAAAACAAGACUCCCAAGAUCGGGAGAUUUAUUUCAUCGUGCGUGGAGAAGUCGAAGUUCUAGUCGAGAGAGGUGACACCACAAGACACGGGCAUUCUCUCCCAAAUACCAUCGAACAUCCCGGCUUUGAAGUUAAGGCACGCCUUAAGCAAGGCCAAUAUUUUGGCGAGGUGGUUAGCCUUUCCCUAGCCCCUCGCCGUACCGCAACGGUACGCUCAAUCAGCGCGGUCGAAUGUCUCAUGAUUAGCGGCGAUGUGCUCGCGGAGUUCUGGGAUAAAUGUCCCCAGGGUGUCCGUGAGCAAAUAGAAAACACUGCCAAAGAACGACUCAAGUCAGCAUCCGAUGGCGAUGUCGUAAUGUCGGAGGCGGGAGAUACUGAGGGGGCGGGUAACGACGACGGCUUUACGAUCAGGGCUGCUCGCCGGAAAUCUAUGCCCAUUGUGACGCUCACUGAGACAGAAUUAGACGCUUCUCACAAGCCGAACGGCAUUGAUGACCACACAGUAUUACGGCCAUCAGAUCCGGACCCUUUCCUCAAUGUUGGUUUGGAUAAUGUCCGGCUUCGAAGUCGACGAGGGUCUGUUGCUCCGCCGACGCCCGAUGAGGUCUCUCGAGAUCAACAACGUCCGCCGUCUUCAUCCGAAUCUCGUUCUACCAGCUCAUCAUUUCUCACUCUGCCUGAUGCUCCAUGUACCCCGGUUGCGCUGAAGGCCCAACGUGAACCGAGCGACGAUAACCACGGAAUUUUUCCCGACGGCAUACUCCUAAGAGUCUUUCGGCAUCUAGAGCUACAUCAUCUACUUCGCCUCCGGGCCGUCUCCCUCCACUGGUCAGAGAUUCUCAACAAGUCGACAAAUUUAGUCCACUAUUUGGAUUUGAGCGCAUAUAAUCGGUGCAUCACCGACGAUGUCCUAGUGAAGGUUAUUUGCCCUUUCAUCGGCAACCGACCACGUUAUAUUGAUAUUAGCAACUGCUUUCACAUUACAGAUGAGGGAUUCAAUAAUCUCGUCAUUACAUGUGGCGCCAACGUUGUGGCAUGGAAGAUGAAAAGCGUUUGGGACGUGACUGCAUCUGCGAUCCUCGAAAUGGCCAGUAAGGCAAAUGGUCUGCAGGAGGUAGACCUGAGUAAUUGUCGAAAAGUCGGAGAUACUCUCCUUGCACGAAUUAUUGGAUGGGUUACUCCUGGGCCAUACAAGCCCCCAGAGGAAUCUGGAAAGACUGGCAAGGGGGCUAUUAAGCCCACCAUGCAGACCCCAGCUGGAACAGUGUUCGGUUGCCCAGAACUGAAACGACUGACCCUUUCUUACUGUAAGCAUGUGACUGACAGGUCGAUGCAUCAUAUUGCGUCUCAUGCUGCCUCUCGCAUUGAACAAAUGGAUCUCACGCGGUGCACCACAAUCACAGAUCAAGGGUUUCAGUUCUGGGGGAACGCUCAAUUCACUAAUUUACGGAAACUUUGUUUGGCGGACUGCACUUACCUGACUGAUAAUGCUAUUGUAUAUCUAACCAACGCUGCAAAACAACUACAGGAAUUGGAUUUGUCAUUUUGUUGCGCCUUAUCCGACACAGCAACGGAAGUCCUUGCCCUUCAAUGUUCCCAGUUGACUUAUCUGAACAUGUCGUUCUGUGGUUCUGCCAUAUCCGACCCCUCUCUACGCAGCAUUGGACUCCAUCUUUUGCACCUCAAACGGCUUUCUGUCCGAGGCUGCGUUCGAGUGACUGGUGCUGGAGUUGAGGCUGUCGCAGACGGUUGUACCCAGCUGGAAUCUUUUGACGUGAGUCAAUGCAAGAACUUGGUUCCUUGGCUCGAAUCUGGUGGGGUCAUGAAGUAUGAAGACAGGAUUUCCUUCGACACCGUUGCCGCGAAUGGAAAGCUCUAUCGAUAA